GGGGCAUAAGAUACUUUGGAGUUUGACCCCCGAAGGCUGAUAAGGAAGCAGCUCAGCCCGACUCAUGAGCAGCAUCAAAGGCAGGGCCAAUGACUCCAUGUGCCCUGCCUAUCAAUUCUCCCUUUCACGCCUGUGAACUUGUGAAAGAGCCUCAUUGAAUUCUCUCCGCUGGCAUCUGGAAGCCACCCUGCGAACCGGCAGGAGGCUGGUCGCCCCGAACACAAGGCAGAAGCGAGCCCCGGGCAGCAGGGCAGGCCAGAGAGAGAGAUAAAGAAAAUUGUGUCAGCGGGCAAGGUGAUGAGUUGGCUCCCAGCCUCACCCUCCAAGUGCCUCCUUCAGCUACAAAGAGAAACUUGUUUGUCUGCUCUCAGAAAACUCCCACACAACACAACACAACACAAGGUGACGGGAACAAGAGUUUAGCCUCCCAAAAUUUAUUUUCUGGGACUCUGUUCCCAGCCUUGGACUCAGCAGAUAAGACAACCGCUUGUGGUGGGACUUCUCUUCCUGCAGUUUCGCCAGAUUCUGGCACCAAGAAGGAAAGGUAUCUUGACAACUAGACCUUCUCCCUGGAUCCCAAAUCUUUGCAAAAUAUUUACUUUAGAGAAAGGCUCCCUGUUUUCCUCUGCCGAACUGAAGAUCCACGCACUGGGCAGGGGAGGCAGCUGGCAGCCAGCAGCGAUGGAGCCGAGCGGUACCAGCCCCCCGUCUCCGCCCCCCAGCAGCUGGACUGCCUUCCCCCAGCGAACCUUGGAGGCCGUUGAUAUUGUUGUCCUGGUUUUAUACUUCGUCUUUGUGUUGGCUGUGGGCCUGUGGUCCAUGUGGAAGACAAAACGGAGCACCGUCAAGGGUUAUUUCCUAGCUGGAGGCGAGAUGGUCUGGUGGCCGGUGGGGGCCUCCCUGUUCGCCAGUAAUGUUGGCAGUGGGCAUUUCAUCGGCUUGGCUGGCUCUGGUGCAGCCUCUGGGAUUGCUGCCACGGCCUACGAAUGGAAUGGAAUGUUUUGUGUCCUGGUGCUGGCAUGGUUGUUUGUGCCCAUCUACCUUGCAAGUGGGGUUACAACCAUGCCAGAGUAUUUGCAGAGACGGUUUGGUGGCAAAAGGAUUCAGAUCUUCCUUGCAACUUACUUGUUUAUCUAUAUAUUCACCAAAAUUUCAGUUGACAUGUAUGCUGGGGCUCUUUUCAUCCAACAGGCUUUGCACUGGGACCUCUACAUAGCAAUCAUUGGUUUGCUGGUCAUCACUGCAAUUUACACUGUGGCAGGUGGCCUGGCGGCAGUGAUCUACACGGACACCCUGCAGACAGUUAUUAUGUUGGCUGGCGCACUCACCCUGAUGGGCUUCAGCUUUGCCAAAGUCGACGGGCUUGAGGACCUGAAAAACAGAUACUUCAAAGCCAUCGCAAGCAACCACUAUGGAAACACUAGCUGUGGCUUGCCAAGAGAGGAUGCCUUCCACAUAUUCCGGGACCCCGUCACAUCCGACUUUCCCUGGCCAGGAAUCCUAGUGGGAAUGACCAUCCCAUCUCUGUGGUACUGGUGCACUGACCAGGUCAUUGUCCAAAGAUCUCUGGCAGCGAAGUCUCUCUCCCAUGCCAAAGGUGGUGCCCUGCUAGCCUCCUACUUGAAGAUCCUGCCUCUCAUGAUGGUUUUGCCUGGCAUGGUCAGCCGCAUCCUCUUUCCAGAUCUAGUGGCCUGUGCUGAUCCCAACUCCUGUAAGGAAAUCUGUGGGAAUCCAUCUGGAUGUUCAGAUAUUGCGUACCCCAAACUUGUCCUUGAGCUUCUGCCACUGGGACUAAGAGGGCUUAUGAUGUCGGUCAUGAUCGCAGCACUGAUGUCCUCUUUGACUUCCAUCUUCAACAGCGCAAGCACGAUUUUCACCAUGGACCUUUGGCGACAUCUUCGACCACUAUCUUCUGAAUGGGAGCUCAUGAUUGUUGGCAGGCCUUCUUUCUCCCCACAGGGUGUUGUUCUGCUCCUUGUCGUCAUUUCCAUUUUGUGGAUCCCACUGGUGCAGGCAAGCCAGGGUGGACAGCUCUUCAUCUACAUCCAGACCAUCAGCUCUUACCUGCCCCCGGUGGCCAUUGUGUUUAUCCUCGGAUGCUUUUGGAAGCGGACAAACGAGAAGGGGGCAUUUUGUGGCCUUUUGGUUGGCAUGGUGAUAGGCCUGAUCCGGAUGGUUUUGGAUUUCAUCUACCUGCAGCCGGGCUGUGGGGAGUCAGAUGACCGGCCAGCUGUGGUGAAAUACGUGCAUUAUCUCUACUUCUCCAUGAUCCUGGGAGUGAUCACGCUCAUCCUGGUGGUGGCUGUCAGCCUCUUGACAGAGCCCCCUCCGGAGGAAAUGAUCAGCCGUCUCACCUGGUUCACACGGAAGGAUGUUCCAAGAAAAACUGAUGUUCCGAUUCCCUCGUUAUCCAUUCCGGUCAAGGGAAUCCAUGAGGCUGGUCCUUCUCCUGCGGGGCAGCUGGAAAUCACGGAUGGCCCAGAAAACACCUUCCAAAACCAUUCAGGUCCUUUGGACACCAAGAGGAAGGAGUCUAAAUUCAUGAGCCUCUUUUUGUGGGUCUGUGGGAUGGAGAGCAGAGAUAAGGACUCGCCCGGAACCCCUGCUGAACCCAAAGCUGCAGUCACAGCCAUCCUUGAUGAAGCACCUCUGGUGAAGCACAUCCUCAACGUCAACCUGAUCUUGUGCAUCAGCGCCGGGGUCUUCCUCUGGGCCUACUUUGCGUAGCAUCGGACCCUGCCAGCCAUUGCAGAGACGCUCUUAGUGCUUUUGGGCUUCCACCAUCAAGAACGAGGAGCAUCAAAGAGAAGACGAAGUGACGAUCUUGCACAUUAUACAUUGUUUGGCUCCCAUAGGAAAAAUGGUAGAAUUGCGUGAAGAAUUCUGCUUUGGUUGGAUAAGGCAGCAAAGGGAAGCCUGAAGCCCUUUGUUAUAAACAUUGAACAUUUAGCACAUGUAAACCAAAACCAAAACCAAAAGAACUUUGCACUUUUGACUGUUUUAUCCCCCAUGGAUGCUCUUGGACCAGAAUCAUAAACAAACAGCAUUCCCGGGAUUCAUGGAACUAAAAAAAAAGCCAAUGGUGACAGUGUAUUUUUACUCAACUUGCUGUGUCUUCUUGGAAUACGGAAAACAUUUGAUAAAAAUCAGAUCUGGAUGGAAUUGCAUGCAAAAUCCUGCUGCAAGUUGGCUUGACAGCAGAACAUUAUUUGAAGAACAACCGUGUUGGGGCUGUAAGUUUUUCCUUACAGUUGCAGGGGCCUAAUGAUGGAUUUUGUCCCAAUUCUGUUUUGAAGCUCCCUGUCUUCUGUUUUGUCACAUUGUGGAACUUCACGGGCUGCCUGUGGUGUAGGAGCAAGGAAAAGAGUCAAGCCACCCCUCACCUAAUGUGGGGGGCAACGUUGCUGCAUGGUCAGCAUGGGAUCUGUUCCUUAGGCCAGUUCUCUUCGUGGACAUCUUCUCUGAGGACACUUUGAGGAACCUCAAAACCCCAAAGAAAAAGGGGUUGUUUGGGCAACUAUAUGCCAAGGACAUUUUGGUAGGCUGAUGCAAUUGACACGAAGACCCCUUGCUCUGUUAGGUGGAAUGUUCCCCCGAUUCAGCUCCAGGAGCCUCUAUAGUUCAGUGACCUAAGAGCGUCUCCCAGAGCCGGCAGGGAGGGUCCCAUCUGGGCAGGAAGUCCAGUCCACACUUAUGGCCCUCAUUCCUUUCAGUUGCUGGUCUAGACUGAUGUAAACCCCCAUGUUAAUUGCAGCAUGGUUGCAAUGACAUAUAGGGGCAAAGCCUAAUACCGUGUUUCCCCCAAAAUAUGACCUACUCAGAAUGUAAGUCCUAGCUGGAUAACCAGGGGGAAAAAAGAUCCGCACAAGUGAGGAGUCAGUGGACGACAUCCUCCACCCAGAAAAUAAGACCUAGUGCCUUUUUUGGUGGCAAUAUAUAUGUAUAUGUGAUAGGGUCUUAUUUUCGGGGAAAUACAGUAGAGUGUGAUUAAGUUGGGAUUACCAAAUCCAGACAUCUAAACCAUGGAUGGUGAACCUUUUUGGCAUCUAGUUCCCAAACUGGAAUGCGCAUGCAUCUGUGCACCUUGAAGCGCCAGAAACCCGAAUACUAGCUGGCUGGUGCACGCAUGCAUUUUGGGGCAGUUUUCGCCGGGUCUUUGCCCAUCUCUUUGGGCUGCUUUCAGGUCAUUUCCGGCCCAAAAACCAGCCUGAAAAUGGCCCAAAAAAUUAUUGGAAAACAGCCGGAAACUGGCCUGCUUUGGGGGCAUUUUCCAGCACCCGCAAACACCGGCUGGCUGGUAUGCACAUGCCUGUUUUUUGCCUUUUUUCAGGUUGGUUUUUGGGCCGUUUUCAGGCCGUUUUCCGGUGCUUCAAUGCCGGCCGGCAUGCUGGAAACCAGCAAAGCAGCUGGCGAUGGCACACAAGCCCAUAGGGAGGGUUCUCUGAAUGCCACCACAUAGGUUUGCCAUCACGGGUCUAAACCAUGGUUUGUGGCUAAGUGCAGAACAGUGUUGAGAAUAGCAACUUUCCUUAGUCCGAGCCUGGCAACGCAUCAGGCCUCGAGACUCUCAGGCACACAAAGGCCAAACACCACUUCCAUUUGCUUCCUGUUCAAGUGUGUUUGGCUCACAGGCAUUUAUUCUCAGGGGAAGGAAGUAAUGCUGAUGACAAAGAGUAUCAGGCCCUGAUAAAAACGUCCCAUAGGAAAGUGUGGGAGAAGUUGGAUCUUUAACCGGAAAUGAAGCUAUGAAGGCAGGAUGAGAAACCCAAGGACUUCCCCAUCACAUCUCUGCGGGCAGCACCAGAAAGGGCUGUGGUUCCCUCAUGUCCAGCAAGGGAUCAUGUGGGCAGCCUCUUCUUCCUGGGUGCAAAAAUACAAAAUGUAUUGUUUGCAUACUUUGCAAGUAAUGACAGGUUUUUCGUGGUGUUUAACAAAAAGAUCAACGUCUGUGUUGCUAUUUAUUAUUCUGAAUGGAAGGAGGGACCUCUGCAGACAUGCAGCUCUAUCCCUGGGUUCUGCUGGUUCCCCUUGGGUCAGUUUUCUUCUCAAGAUGCCCCUAAGCCUACUUUAAGUCUAUGUUUACCAGAUCGGACGUCCUGCAGGAAGGCUACACCAUGCCAUUCUCUUUCCUUUUGGCUGUUGCAGGAGGAGCUCUAGAACAAUAAAUACAUACAGCUCAA